AGGUCAUAAAAGUCGUAAUUAAUAAGCAUUAAUAGUAUCUUUAUUUAUAUUAUCUUUGUAAUAUUAAGAUUAAGCAGCAGUAGCAGUUUGCGUUGGAGCUGCAACAUCAACCUUCUCAGCUUGCGGCUCAGCUGAGUGGUCGGUUGAUUUAACGAAAGCUUCCUUGAACUUAUUUAAUAAACCUGGGCUACCACCUGUAUCUGGUUCUGCUGACUCCUUCUUGUCAAGAUCGCCUGUUACCAAUUUAGCCGGUUUGUUACCCUUUGAAGAACGCUUUGAGGACUUUCUACCAACUUUAAUACUUGGUUUCUUAUCAACUGCAUAUCCAUCUUUACCAAUUUGGAUACCAGAUGAUUCUCUAGGUGAACUAUAAGCAGGUGCGGCUUCCUCUUCCUCUUCACCCUCUUCUUCUUCCUCUUCUUCCUCACUUUCAGGUUCAUGAUCGAGGUUAACUUUAGCUUGUUCCUCAUCUUCCUUCGCUUUUUGAAAUGUAACCUGCGCUACGAACGGCUGCCGCGAUAGGACCUGAUCUGUCCAUUGUUUCUGAUGCAACCAAGUAUCUAGAUACUAACAUACGCAAGUCGUUCCACCAUUCGGACAUAGUCUCAUGUGAUCUAGCUCUGAAUGUGUAAGAGUGGUCUCUGGAGAAUUUAUUAGCCUUGUUUGCUUCGAGGUGGAACUUGUGUGAUUUCGCAGUGUUUGAAUGAGAUGGAGGACCAAGAGUGCAGUUUGGCAAGAAGAGCGAGAGCGUAGGUGUAGAUUGGCUGGUUGGAUCUGGUGUGUUAAACUCAUGUAAGUAACCAGCAGGUGUGAGGACAUAGAAUCCCUCUUUGUAUGACUUUGUGAACCUCUUCUUGCGCUCCAACCAGCCGACAUGAACUGCCAAGACCGAUGGAUCAUCUCUUCCUGGAUAGUCGAUUAACUCUUGUUGACGGAGUGGGGUUUCAGGGUCAAGGAGAUGAUCGGUUCUGUCUGCAAACGCUAACCACUCGGCAUCAGGCUCAAGAGCAGAGAACAUCUGACCCAUUCCCUUCCAGCUUUCUUGAACGUCGAAGGACAUUCUAGAUUGCCAUUCGUCGAAUGUCGACCAAGCUGAUUGUAAACUUGAUGUGAUACCUUCUUCAAACUGAGCAGAGUUUUGCUGCAUGAUGAUGAUAGAUUUUUGGAGAGCAUUCUCCUCUUGGACCUGCUUUUGAAGUUGCUUUGCGACGAGUGAGUUCAUUAAGUAUGGAUCUUCUCUCGCUGUGAUGGAUGUAGGCGUAUUCUUGGUCGUAGUGAUAGCCUUUUGGAGAUCAGAAACAGUACGCAUGGAGUAUUCACGCUCUCUUGCUACUGAGGUUGCUACUUGGAAGUAUCAUUGGCGAUGUUGCGAAUGUGAGCCUUAAUUUCAGCACGUAGUUUGUGGAGGUGUUGAACUAUACUACCGUCGAUAGUUUUUGCCAAGUUAGCGUGGUGGUCAGCAAUUGAUCUCGAUUUGUCACGGACUUCAAAGAAGAUGUCUUGUAAACCGCCAUGGCCCAUGAACUGUGAGCCCUCUUUGAAUGGAACUUGUAUAACGCCACCCAACUUUGUGAGUUCUCUCGCUGUGUUCGACUCGAUAUCAGCGAUUCCCUCGAAGUAAGCGAUCAAGUUCUUUGUGAUCGUCUUCCAUGCGUUGAAUCUAUCGAGCAGAAUAUCGGAAGGAACUAACUCAGAUGGAGAAGAUUGCUUCUGUGCUAAUAACUUAGAUUUUGAUGAUUUCGUGGAUUCUGCCAUGAUGAUGGAUUUUGAUUAAGGACCGUGAGAUUUAUAUGAGGACAACUCCGUGGUGUAAUAAAAAUGAGUUCAGACAAGUCUACAGUGGAUUAUUUCAGACGGGCGAUAGGAAUGAGUCUGUGAAUACACUCAAGUUGUGGCUCAACAGAGGAAACUGUCCACACUCUAUAGAGUCCACACUAUCUCUGAUGGAGAGCUUAGAUAUGACGACAAAGGGCGAUAUCAGUCAGAACCAAAAACAGUUGCUUAUGAGUAUAGCUAUCAUACGCUUCGUCAACGGCCUCGUAGAUCCCCUUCAACAAUUUUCAUUCGCGAGAUCUAUCCACGAUCUAGCUAAGCAGAUAGAUCUACCGCUUAAAUUUGUACAGCUAAGGCACACGUCUACGCACGACAACCUGCCGUCUCUCAAGGUGCUCACACAGUCGACGAUAGACGCACUUGAUUGGUUGAGGACGCGUUACUGGGACGUUGUAUUAUCUACGCUAGAGGAGGGUAACAGCACCGUAGACUCGAUGGAGACACGUCUCGAAGCACUCAAUUCAAUCCUCACCGACGACAGUCCGAACGAGUCUGGCUGGACAGCAGCUAGUAAUUUCAAGCCAUCUGCUAUUGGAUUGUUGAAUAACAAAAAAUCUAAUUUGUACUUGUAGUAUUUUAUUUUCUAUAUUCACUUUUCCUCUGUAACAUCCACCAGCUUAUACAGAAUGGCUCAAAGAUUUAUUGAUCAGGGUCUCAAUAUACUCAGAAGAGUUGGCGGUGGCGUUGAAAAGGCGCUCGGCAGCUACAAGGAGCCUGUCUUCUACAACGCACAAGUCGGAAAGGAACUCUUCAAGCAAGUCUAUCAAGCUGAGAAGUUAUCCCCUCCAAGCUCCUUCUCCCAAGUUGCCAGCACCUGGUCUAACAUUUUCGCAAAGGCUGCACAGCGUCAAACAUACGUUCAGUUAUUCGAAUCAGGCCAGUGGUCAAAAGUUGCUGUCAUCGGUUUAGAGGCAUACGGUAUUUUCAAACUCGGUGAAAUCAUCGGCAAGCGUAAACUUGUCGGCUACGGUCCUAAGGCUCAAGAACACCACUAAUCGCACUAUCAUUUAUAUGUAGACAAGAAUUACAUUAACAUUUCUCACUAUCAAA